AUGCAAGAUGAUAAUACGACAUGUCAAUAUCUUUGUCCAAAAACAAUUUCUGGCGCAGACGCCAAAUUCAUUAACGAACGUAUUCGUGAAAAUUAUGCGAUUAAUUGGCUAAUUGAUGGACUUCCAGCUGCCAGUAAAAAAAUAGAUUUAAAAACAUCCACAUCUUUCUAUAGUAUUGGAUUCGAAUUAGGUGAUCCAUCAACAACUCCUACUCCUUCAUUUAACAAUCAUUACGAAAUUCACAUUCAAUAUCAUGAACAAGAUAAUUCAGGAAAAUACAGAGUGGUUGAAGCAAGAACAUGUCAAGUUGAUGAUCAAAGUGUUUUAGCUUUAGAUGAACAAAAAGAUAAUUCUGUGCAUUUCACUUAUAGAGUUACAUGGGAUCUUUCUGAAACUGCAUGGGCAACUCGUUGGGAUAAUUAUUUACACACUUUUGAUCCAAGAAUUCAUUGGUUCAGUUUGGUUAAUUCAGUAGUAAUUGUCUUAUUCUUGACCGGUAUGGUCGCUAUGAUAUUACUUCGUGCCUUACACAAAGAUAUUUCCAGAUACAACCAACUCGAAGCACAGGAAGAUGUUCAAGAAGACUUUGGCUGGAAAUUGGUUCAUGGUGAUGUUUUCCGUCCACCUUCCAACAUGAUGUUAUUAUCAGUUCUUUUGGGUAGUGGCGCUCAAUUAUAUUUCAUGACAGCAGUCACUCUUGUUUUUGCUGUUCUAGGUUUUCUUUCGCCAUCAAAUCGUGGUUCUCUUGCCACAGUAAUGCUUAUAUUCUAUAUGCUCUUUGGAUUUGUGGCUGGUUUUGUCUCAGCUCGUAUAUACAAGAUGUUUGGUGGAGAAUCGUGGAAAAAGAAUGUCUUUUUCACAGCAUUUUUAUUCCCUGGUGUCAUAUUUUCUAUAUUACUUUUACUAAACUUUUUCCUUGUGUACGCUAAAUCAUCCGGUGCAGUACCAGCAACUACGUUAUUGGCAAUUAUAGGAUUAUGGUUCAUAAUUUCUGUUCCUUUAUGUUUCACAGGCUCCUUUAUUGGUUUUAGAAAACCCAGAAUUGAACAUCCAGUACGUACCAACCAGAUCCCAAGACAAAUUCCAGAUCAAGUCUUUUACCUAAGACCAAUUCCUUCCAUGUUAAUGGGCGGUGUACUUCCAUUUGGUGCAAUAUUCAUAGAAUUAUAUUUCAUAAUGAAUAGUAUAUGGGGUAGUAAAGUCUAUUAUUUAUUUGGAUUUGCAGCCUUGGUAUUUAUAAUUCUUACAAUUACGUGUUCAGAAGUUACCAUCCUUCUUUGCUAUUUCCAUUUAUGUGCAGAGGAUUAUCAUUGGUCAUGGAGAGCAUUCUUUACAUCAGGAGCUUCUGGAUUUUAUAUUUUCCUUUAUUCAAUUAUGUAUUAUGCAACCAGAUUACAAAUUUCAUCUUUGACCAAUACAGUAAUAUACUUUGGGUGGACAGGUGCCAUAAGUUUAAUGUUCCUUGUUUUGACAGAUAAUGAUAUAAGCUCUUUAAUUAUUGAUAUUCGUGAAUAUCAAGAAUCACUAAUUGAUGAAAUCAUUAAUGGUUUAAAUAAACCUGAAAAUGUCAUAAAAAACAUUCCUACCUUUUUGUUGAACGAGGCAGAUUGUAUUGUUGGUCACAUUAAUAUUAAAGAUAAUGGUUUGGUCAUUGGACUUGGGUCAGGUUCAUUAUUGGAAGAUUCUACUAAAGAUGGAAUGGACUUUAUCAAAAAAGGAGAAGAAAAAGAAAUUAUAAUAAAUUUGAAAGAAGACGAAUUGAUUCAUGUUGAAUAUUCAUAUAAAUAUGAUAAAAAAAAAUUCUGGAUCAACUUUUUCAUAGAUCAUGAUGGUGAUGAUGGUUCGUCGCGAGAAUCUAUAUCAACGUUAGAUGAAUGGAAAGAAUUAUGGAAAUCAUGGGACACAAUAACAAUGAGUCAUGUUCCAGCAUUUCUGGGUCAUAAUGACGAUGAAUAUAAAGAUGAUGAUGAGCAAUAUGAUUCGAGUAAAGAAUUUGGGUGGGAUAACGAGUCACCUAGGAAAGAAGUUAUUAUGUUGAGUCAAAGACAAGCAUAUAAACACGCAGAAUGGAAAGGGAUGAGAUCGCCAGCAGCAGAAGAAUUAAGCGCAUUAUACGCAUUACAUAAAUCAUCACCACCCAUUAAUAUCAAACGUAGGAUUUAA